AUGGUCAUACAUAGAGCUAGAAUCGAGGAUGAUGAAAGAAAUAAGUUAGCACAGUGGCUUCUUGAGCAUAGCCUUGGAGGGAAGCUCAAAUUUGGUGCCAAAAAAGAGGCAGCAACCCUCUUCAAAGUCGAUUUGAAGACAAUUUGGAGGAUUUGGAGCCAAGUGUCAAAGCAAAGAGCUUGUGGUGUACCUGUACAAGUAAAAUCCAUUAGAAAAGGUAGUUCAUACAAAAACAAGAUGCAAGUAGAUGUUGAAAAAAUCAAGAAUCUUUAUGUGCUUCAAAGGUCAUCAAUGAGAGUCAUGUCUACAAACCUAGGUGUGUCAAAAUCUUUGAUUCACAAGUGGGUGAAGGAGAAAAAGCUUAAACCACACACAAAUGCAAUAAAACCCUUUCUUACCCCACAAAACAGGCUGUCAAGACUGAAGUGGAGCCUAAAUCAGCUUAGUUCAAUAAGUGAAGAUGGUUUUAUAAAGUUCCAAACAAUGUACAACACCAUUCACAUCGAUGAGAAGUGGUUUUACCGUACCAAAACCAAUGAUAGGUAUUACCUGGUGCCGGAUGAAGGGGAACCAUAUCGUACAUGCAAAUCAAAGAGGUACAUUGAAAAGAUUAUGUUUAUGUGUGCCGUUGCCCGACCAAUAUUUGGCCUAGAUGGCAGAUGCAUAUUUGAUGGAAAGUUUGGGAUAUUUCCUUUCACAACCAUGGAGGCAGCACAACGGAAUUCAAAAAACAGAAUGAAAGGUACCAUGGAAGUGAAGCCAAUCACAGCAAUUACUAAGGAAGUGAUGAAAUGUUGUCUUUUAAGAGAGCCUGCUAAUUCACCGGAUACAAAUGUCAAUGACCUAGGGUUUUUCAAAGCAAUACAGACAUUGAAGGAUCAAAAACCAGCAGGGAAUGUGGAAGAGUUACUCAAGAAUGUUAAAGAUGCAUAUGAUGAAUACCCACCAGAGAAGCUAAACCAUGUGUUCAUUACUUUGCAAAGUUGUUACCAUGAAAUCAUCAAGGCAAGGGGAGGAAAUGACUACAAAAUUCCACACAUGAACAAAGAAAGACUCUCAAGACUGGGGUUGUUACCAGAUUGCAUUCAAGUUGAAGAAACACUUGUAAGGGAUACACUACAGUUUCUGGAGUUGGAUGCAAGUGCAGAGGGAGAAAUUUACAACAUUGGAGCAGUCAUAGAAGGGCUGGAGCAGGUAGACAUCACUGAAUAUACUGUAUAG